CGUCUGAACCGUUACUUCCGGGUGUAAGUCCGUUUUCAUUUGAUGAUUCUUUGUAUUUCAUCUAAAUAAAGCUACGAAAUAAAGCUACAAAACGUUUAGAAAAUGAACCGAAUAUUUGGACGUGGAAAGCCGAAGUCGCCUACUCCAAAUCUGUCGGACUGUAUCGGAAAUGUUGAUGCAAGAUCAGAGUCCAUAGAGAAGAAGAUUGGCAGACUAGACGUUGAGCUUGUGAAGUACAAAGAUCAGAUGAAGAAGAUGAGAGACGGGCCCUCGAAGAACAUGGUCAAACAGAAGGCUUUGAGAGUCCUGAAGCAGAAGAGAAUGUAUGAAGGUCAAAGAGAGCAGCUGGCUCAGCAGUCUUUCAACAUGGAGCAGACAAACUACACCAUCCAGACAUUAAAGGACACCAAAACAACCGUGGAGGCCAUGAAGAUCGGUGCAAAGGAAAUGAAAAGAGCUUACCAGGACGUCAAAGUUGAUCAAAUCGAUGAUCUACAGGACCAACUGGGGGACAUGAUGGAGGAUGCCAGCGAGGUCCAAGAGGCGCUGAGCCGCAGCUACGGCACUCCAGAUAUAGACGAGGAUGAUCUUGAAGCAGAGCUGGACGCGCUGGGCGACGAGCUGCUGCUGGACGACGACAGCUCGUACCUGGAGGAUGCCUCGGCCUCCCCAUCCAUCCCCGAGGGAAUGCCCAGCGACGCCAAGAAAAACAAGGACGGCGUUCUGGUGGAUGAGUUCGGCCUGCCACAGAUUCCUGCCUCGUAAACAAGGGAUGGAUUAAAGCAACUGCACUUCAACUGAAAACACUUUUAUAAGAGUAACAUUUAUACAUGCAAAAGGUUUGACCUGAGAACAUUACAAUUUUGAAGCCAUCCGUGUAUUGGGUUGUGUAUUUUUAACACUACCGUGCUAGCAUGUGGCCUUGUGUGACCUUUUUUUAAAAACAUGAUUCCCCUUUCGUUUGUUUUCGUCCUCCUGUCUAGCACUUAUCCAUCAGUCUCGUCCAUCACCAGUAUUACCAAGCUCAUUUUUAUUUGUCUCAAUUGUGUUCUUGUUUUGUGUGUUGUUCGGUCAUCACUGUUAUGUUUUAGUUUUGUCUUGCAAGUGGAGAUUAUUCUAUUAUUUUAAACAUGCAAAUUAAAUUAUGUGUUUUAACUUACCACUGCAUUCUUUGGUUAAUUAUUUUUCAACCAGGACACCAAAUCAUUGCAUUUAACAUCUUUAAGUCACUGUGAAGAUGCGAGGCACUUGUAUACAUAUUAAAGUGCUUUUUCCUUUAUAAAUACGCUACUCAAGUACAGAUUUUAGGUACCUGUACUUUACCGAAGUAUUUCCAUUUUAUAACACUUUAUACUUCUACUCUAUUACAUUUUGGAACCAAAUGUUGUAUCUACUCCACUGUAUUUAUUUUACAGAUGUAUUUACUAGUUUCUUAUAAAUCCAGAUUUUGACACACUAUACUUCGGAAAAACAUUAUUUGGUAUAGAUUAAUCCAUCCAGUAUUAUAUUUAAGUGACUAGAAAAAGAGAUGUCUAUAAACAUAAAGCCAACCAUAUUACAGAGAGACAUUACAAACAACUUUGUACAUACUUUCCUAAAAAGGUCUCUUUUUGAUGUUAACUCAAUGUGUAAAAAUGUUGAAAACGUCUUAAUCCAAUUCUCUAUUAUU